AUGGCAUCUGUGAAGGAGAGCCCUGCCACCAGCGAGCAUAGCGUCACCGUGGAGACCACCGAGGAGGGGGCACUGAUCUCGCUCACCUGCCCCAACCGUGCCGGCCUGCUGAGCCGGCUGACCUCGGCCUUCGAGGCGCUGGGCCUGGACGUGACCAAGGCCGACAUCGGGGGCGAUGCUCGCCACGCCCACGACCGCUUCUGGGUGGCCAAGCCCGGCGGCGGCGCCGUCACCCCCGCCGAGGCGGCCUCCAUCAAGUUGACGCUUGAGGGGAGCGUGGCCGGGGCGGGGGCCCCCGCCGCGCCGCCCCCCGCCGCCAAGACCCGGCCGCUGUUGGCGGUGCCCGGGGCGGCGCGCGACCAGGCCCACCUCCUGCACACGCUGAUGGACACGUACACGAGCGACAACGUGCUGGCCAUCCAGCAGGCCAUCGUGCACCAUGUGGAGUACACCCUGGCCCAAACGCGGUACAAGUUUGAUGACCUGGAGGCGUACAUGGCCACGGCCUACUCCAUCCGCGACCGCCUGAUCGAGUCGUGGAACGACACCCAGAGCUAUUUCAAGGAGGUGGACCCCAAGCGCGUGUACUACCUGUCCAUGGAGUUCCUGAUGGGGCGCAGCCUGCUCAACGCGCUGAACAACCUGGAGGUGCGGGGCCAGUACACGGAGGCGCUGGCCGAGCUUGGCUACUCGCUGGAGACGCUGGUGACGCAGGAGCGCGAUGCGGCGCUGGGCAACGGCGGGCUGGGCCGCCUGGCGGCCUGCUUCCUGGACUCCAUGGCCACCACCAACCUGCCCGCCUGGGGCUACGGCAUCCGCUACCAGUACGGCAUGUUCCGGCAGGUCCUGCGCGACGGCUUCCAGCACGAGCAGCCCGACUACUGGCUCAACUUUGGCAACCCCUGGGAGCUGGAGCGCUCCGCCUCCAUCGCCUACCAGGUCUCCUUCUACGGCCACGUGUCGGUGCAGGACGACGGCGGGCGCCAGGCCUUUCGCUGGAACCCGGGGGAGCAGGUGACCGCGGUGGCCUACGACACCCCCAUCCCCGGUUUCCAGACCAACAACACCAACAACCUGCGGCUGUGGGCGGCCAAGCCGGACCGCGAGUUCGACCUGCAGGCCUUCAACACGGGGGAUUACGUGCAGGCCAUCCUGGCCAAGCAGCGCGCCGAGACGCUGUCCUCAGUGCUGUACCCCGACGACCGCACCUAUGAGGGCAAGGAGCUGCGGCUGAAGCAGCAGCACUUCUUCGUCUCCGCCACCGUGCAGGACGUGGUGCGGCGCUACCGCGAGCAACACGCCUCCUGGGACGCCUUCCCCGACAAGGUGGCCUUCCAGAUGAACGACACCCACCCCACGCUGCUCGUCCCCGAGCUCAUGCGCGUACUGAUGGAUCACGAGGGCCUUGGCUGGACGCGGGCCUGGGAGCUGGUGACCGAGACCUGCAACUUCACCAACCACACCAUCCUGCCCGAGGCGCUGGAGCGCUGGCCGGUGGCCAUGAUGGAGAAGCUGCUGCCGCGCCACAUGCAGAUCAUCUACGACAUCAACUGGCGCUUCCUGCAGCAGAUGCGCGGCCGCUACGGCGACGACUGGGACCGCAUCUCCCGCAUGUCCAUCAUCGAGGAGACCCCGGACGCCGACAAGUACGUGCGCAUGGCCUACCUCGCCGUCAUCGCCGCGCGCACCGUCAACGGCGUGGCCGCCAUCCACAGCAACAUCCUGCGCGACGACACCUUUGCCCCCUUCCACGAGCUGUUCCCGGGCAAGUUCCAGAACAAGACCAAUGGCGUGACGCCGCGCCGCUGGCUUGCCUUCUGCAACGAGCCGCUGAGGGAGCUGCUCACCGACACCCUGGGCUCCGACGCCUGGAUCAAGGACCUGGACCGACUCAAGGUGCUGCGCGAGCACGCGAGGGACCCGGCGCUGCAGAAGCGCUGGCAGGAGGUCAAGGCCCUGGCCAAGGACAAGGCGCUGAGCACCAUCGAAAGGCUAUCGGGCGUGGCACUGCCCAACCGCGAGGCCAUGCUGGACGUGCAGGUCAAGCGCAUCCACGAGUACAAGCGCCAGCUGCUGAAUGUGCUGGGCAUCGUGCACCGCUAUGACACCAUCCGGAAGCUGCCGCGGGCGGAGAGGGGAGGCGUGGUCCCGCGCGUGUGCGUCAUCGGGGGCAAGGCCGCGCCGGGGUAUGAGAUGGCCAAGCGCAUCAUCAAGCUCGUCUCCGCCGUGGCCGAGAAGGUCAACAAUGACCUAGAGGUCGGCGACCUGCUCAAGGUUGCCUUUGUGCCCGACUACAAUGUGUCGGUGGCGGAGGCCAUCAUCCCCGGCACGGAGCUCAGCGAGCACAUCUCCACGGCGGGCACCGAGGCCUCGGGCACGGGGAACAUGAAGUUUGCCAUGAACGGCGCGCUCAUCAUCGGCACCAUGGACGGCGCCAACAUCGAGAUCGCAGAGGAAAUCGGGGAGGACAACAUCUUCAUCUUUGGCGCCCGCGCAAGCGAGGUCGCAGGCCUACGCGCAGCCCGGGCCGAGUUCCAGGCAAAUCUUCUGCAGCCGGACCCGCGCUUCCUGCACACGCUGGACCUGAUCCGCAGUGGGACCUUUGGCUGGGAGGACUACUUUGUGCCGCUGCUGGACUCCAUCACCUACUCGGACUACUACCUGGUUGCCAACGAUUUCGGCCCCUACAUCGAGGCCCAGGAGCGCGUGGACCGUGUAUACCAGAAGCCUGAGGAGUGGACGGCCAUGUCCAUCAACAGCACGGCCGGGAGCGGUUUCUUCUCCUCCGACCGCACUAUCCUGGAGUAUGCCAAGGACAUCUGGGGUGUGGAGCCGACCCCCGUGCCCAACCAGCGAGAUGACUUUGACGAUUAG